GGCAGCGCCCUUGUAACUUGUAGUAGGCACACAUAUAUUUUGUUGUUGUAAUUUCAGGUAUAUUUAGACUACAGCGUCCUACAUAUUUUGAAGAAAAUGGCGGUGUUGUUAGAGACAACUCUGGGAGACAUUGUGAUCGAUUUGUAUCCCGAAGAAAGGCCUAGAUGUUGUCUCAAUUUCUUGAAGCUGUGCAGGAUCAAGUACUAUAACUUCUGUCUUUUCCACUCCGUGCAGAGGAAUUUUAUGGCCCAAACAGGAGAUCCCACCGGCACGGGCAAAGGAGGUGAUUCUGUCUUCAGCAAGCUUUACGGCGACCAAGCCCGCUUCUUCGAGAUGGAGACGGCACCCCGCAUCAAACACACCCGGCUGGGUGCUGUGUCAAUGGUCAACAAUGGAGACAACAUGCAUGGAUCACAGUUCUUCUUCACCCUCGCGGAGAACCUUGACUACCUAGAUGGCAAGCAUACAGUGUUCGGCGAAGUAACCGAGGGGUUGGAUGUACUGACUAAAAUCAACGAGGCUCUGGUUGACAAGGAAAACAGACCCUAUCAAGACAUCAGGUCGGUUCAAGACCCAAUAAAUUUAGAGAUGGUCCUGGAUGAAACCCUUAGGAAUUGAAAUUCCAGUCUUGGAAUCUCGUCAGAAGAGUGGGACAGCGGCAGGAUAGGAGCUGAUGAGAAUAUCGACGACACGGAAGGAAAAACAGUGGAAGAAGUGCAAGAGAUGAGCAAGGAACAGGAGGCCAAGGCCAGGGCACAAAUCUUGGAAAUGGUCGGGGAUCUACCGGAUGCAGACAUCAAGCCCCCAGACAACGUCCUCUUUGUCUGUAAGCUGAAUCCUGUCACCACGUCCGAGGACCUGGAGAUCAUCUUCUCCAGAUUUGGCCAGAUCAACAGCUGUGAGGUGAUCAGCGACCAGAAGACGGGCGAGUCCUUGCAGUAUGCGUUCGUAGAGUUUGACAGGGUAGAAGAUUGUGAAAGUGCCUACUUCAAGAUGGACAAUGUCCUCAUCGAUGACCGACGCAUACAUGUAGACUUCAGCCAGUCCGUGGCAAAGGUCAACUUUAAGGGCAAAGGGCCCUUGCAGAUGCCUCAGGACAGCUCCGACAAGAAGCCCAAAUUUGCAUUGAAAGACAAAUCCUGGAAGCAGGAGAAACAGUAUGACCUCAUUCUGGAAGGAGAUGACUUGGAACCCCCUUCCCAUCAUGCCUCAGCCUCGCGGAAGAGACGACAAGAUUCCAGUGACGAGUCAAGCGGCAGGAGAGAUAACGGAUCAAGCAGAAAAAUAAAGGUGAAAGCAAGGAAGCGCAGGGAGAGUAGUACAGGUAGUGAAGGUAGCGACUAUGACCGCAGCAGGCGGCAGAAAAAGGACAAGCGCAGAAAGCACGACAGUUCCAGCGAUGAAGAUGCAUUCAGGGACAGACACAGGGAGAAACACAGGGACAAGGAUAGGGACAGAGACCAUGGGGAGAAAAGGCAAAGUGACAGAAGGGAUGACAGAGACGGAAGGGGGAGAGACACACGUAGAGACAGAGAAAGAGAUAGAGGGAGGGGUGACCGGGAGAGGGACAGAGAUAGGAGGAGGGACCGGGAGGCAGACAGGGAUGACAGACGCAGGAAAGAUGAGGAAAGAGACAGGGCGAGAGAUAGAGGUAGAGAAAGGGACAGAGACAGGGAUAGGCACCGUGAUAGAAGAUAGUGUUUGCUUUGGUUUGUGAAAAAUGAAAGUCAGAGUGUCAAACAAAGGGUUUUAAGAUUUUUGAGAAGUUGAAGGGGGUACUCGUCCUGAUCUCCUCGAAGUUUCUCAUGUAUUUUUUAAGCAGUCCGAUCGACAGAACAUUUCCAAAUGGGGAGACAGAUCAUGCAUCUUUGUAAUCAGGUCUGUCAAAGUGGAUGUGGGGCAAAGGACUCCUAUUUUGAUACGUAUAGGAGUCAAAUGCCAUGUCUGCUGUUUUUACCGACUAUGAUGCGAAGACCUUGGCACUGGACUUUUUGGAGGGAAAUGUUGUAUUUUUGUACAGUAGUUUUGUUUUUGUAAUGAGUUGUGGUAAAUGUACAGGUGAUACGGAGCAUUGCUCUUCUGUUGUUAAGAUAAAUUUAAAUGUCACUCGUUUUGAUUCCAUGUGGCAGAUGUCCACAGUGUAUAUUCAGAGCACUCUUUUGCGUGGGUAGGCGUCUAUUGCUCUGACAGGACAAUUUUGUUUGUCAAGAAAGUUGAGAAUGAGAUCGAGUUGUGGGGGCAGAAUUGUUCCCAACAUCCGUUUCAAAAUGUAUGUAGUCCCCACAACUGUAGAUCAAGCAUGUAUGAUCUUGUAUUCAACGCCAUGAAGUAUGUGAUACCAAACAGGUUAUGUUUUAGGAGAGAUGUCUCAUUUGAUAAGCUCACUUUCUAUUUAGUUUUUGGAUUGAAAAGUUGGUUCUGCUGACGUCUGAUGCGCUGGAAGGGCAUAGACUUUCUCGGAGGCAUUUCUCAUCGUGCAGUUUGUAUUGUUUAAAAUGUAGUUUCUGCUUCAAGUCGAUGGAGUUUCUAAUGCAUCUUGAUUUGUAUUGGAAUUUCUUCAGUUACCUUCUCGCAGUCAUUUUCUGUGCCCUUUUCUGAGCAUGCCAAUCCAUCUCAUCUUUUGGUGGUUUUAUUGACACUUUUUUAACAGGUGUGUAAACUUUUCCUACGUUCCUGAAUAAUCUGGCCAAAAGUGUCACAGUCUACUGAUCUGCCUGCAACUUUAAUUAUACAAAAUUUCAUAUUUUGUAUGAGCUUUAGAAUUGUUCUUCAAUACCUCAGCCAAAUCUAGAGCGUUUUUUACUCCCUUUUGUAACAUGUAUUAGGUUGUUACCAUUGGAAAUAAAUACUACUGAAGUGAGUUAAAGUUUUCUUCAUCAA